UGUAAAGCCGUGUGCGAUCUGCAGCAUGUGACUGUACACUUCCUGAAACCUGUAUACGGUUAUGUGAACGCCAGUUUGUACUGGAUUAACUUAAAGUUUGGUUUCAGCAGCCAUCCAUGGCCGACCCCCGGACUAUCGUGGAAGGUUCUGUCAAGUAUCGGGACGGCAGAAAGUGGAAGCCACGGUGGUGUGUCCUGUCCAAGCUGUCUCCAGUCGCAGACUGUCUCCACCUUCAACUAUACAGAGACAGCAAAGAACGAUGUAAGAAUGCGCCGACGAAGGCCUCCUUGUCCCUGGAGAAGUUCCUAGGUUUGGAGACUGGUUUUACUCUGGACAAAGAAAGUAACACCAUGGCUGUCAUUUGUUCAGAUAUGGUUGUGGUCCUAGCCUUCGACUCUAGGGAGCUUUUAAUACAGUGGCAGGUGAAAAUCAGAUCAAAUUUAAUCGAAGAGCACAACUACCUGGUUCAGGUUUCCCACGUCCCAGCACGAAGUAAGCUUCCUUGUGGUCCAGCAAGGCUACAUCUCCAGGACUACACGUUCUGCCUAACAUCGGGAGUACCGCCAAAACUGUUGGGAACGUGGCCUCUGAAAGAACUUCGGAGAUUCGGGGUGGUGGAAGGGAAAUUCUGCUUUGAAGGAGGAUCUCGCUGUGGGAAAGGAGAAGGACUUCAUAUCUUACUGACCAAUCAAGCAACAGACCUUUCCGAAGCUUUUGAUCUAGCGUCGAGAGGGAAGCUUUUGAGUCGCCGGAGGCCGGCAGCGCGUGCAAAUUCAGCUUUGGAUGCAUCGUGUCGAAGAUCACUCCAACCUAAAUCGACAAACCGAUAUUCUGAAAAAUACAGCAACGAAUCCAGUCGACCCCUUCUCAGCUCAGGUUCAGAUGGCAGUACCUCUGAUGCCUGCUCGGAAAAUCUGCGUUAUGGUCCUGAAAUUCGAGUGCGUAAUGAAAAUUAUCCAGCUGGACCAACAUGUAAGGUCCACCAUCGAUGGCCAUCGGGUACGUCACAGUUUACAACACCCUUGAUAACCACGUCUAGUGACGUGGAAAGUGUGGAGACGAUUUCAGUAACUUUGAGCGAUUCUCGCGAGUCAACACCACAAUUAAAUCGACGACUGGAGUCUAACAUGAAUGUUAAUAUUUUAGAUGAAGAAAGAGACUGGAACGCCAAUCAGUGUGACAAGUGCGGUCGACAGUUCUGUUCGUCGGUUCGACAAGCAUCCUCAUCUCCAGAGACACGACGAGAGAGUGGUACUUCCACCCCACAAUGGCUCCCAAACAUUAAACCAGCGUCCCCGACUAAAGAUGAGAAAACUGUGAGCGGUGGAAAGAGACGGCCUUCCGAUAGAACAUCAUUGUCUUCUCAGAGCAGUCAUAGCAGCAGUGCUAGUAGCAGUGGCUCUGAAUAUUCAAUUCCCAGAAAUUGUCUCGACAACCUCUACGACAGACCUCGAAGCACCCACGUUACUACAGGUCUCCCGAAAUUCCUCGUCCCUAGGAGUGCUCCUAUUCAGGAGGAAUCACCUGGUUUAUCUAAUUCGGUAGGUCAAGGGGAAGAUCAGUGGCCAGUUGAUUUUCCUACAGGUUCUCUCAAUGGAAACUCAGAAAAGGUUUGGUCCAAUGAAGUUAUUCCUCACGUGCACAAAAGAAGUGCCUUUUGCAUGUGCACCGUUCGUCAAUUAAACGAUUCAGGCAAAGCUAAAGGCUCGCCUAAACAUGACACCAGAAAUGUAACUGCGCUUGAUGUAUUUAGUUCAUCCCAAAAAAUAGCCAUAUCGUAUGAACCUACAGACAGAGCUCGAAAACAACAGGGUCAAAAAAAUACAGUGUAUCCAUAUGCACACUAUGCUGUCCCAAGAACUACUCUUGUUGAAAGUCUGAAGGAAAACCUAAUUACAGAGAAAAACCAAAACAAAUCAUCAUUUGACAUGCAAAUUCCAACCUGUUGCACCUGUAGUCAUCCAAAGACAAAUGAUCAGCCCAAACCGCUUCAGCAGAGCUUUGUCCAGAGCUGUGCUUGUCACAACAUGAUGUCAUGGGCAGGAAAUCUCAUGCCUUGCUGGGGAAGUGACGCUCUAGAUGAUAAGAAUCAACCUUCUAGCUCUGGUCAACAGAAGCACGAACUCAGAAAUGUCGUCGAGAUCCCUGUGUGUGCUGAACCUACGAAAAGACCUGUUGAAGUAGUUCUUGUGGGUGGCAAAGAACCACAGCAUAUCAUCUUGAACUCAGAGUUACAAACAUAUCAACUCGACUCAUCACUUCCCCCUGAAACUAAUAGAGUGAAAUCUAGUGAGAGCUUAGCAGAAACGAAGAAUAUCGUAACCUCAACUGAGAAAAUAUCACAUAUCCCAGAUGCUUCCAUUAAUUAUGUAAAUUUUCAGAAACCGCGAACCUCCAAAAGUGGUGAGAAAUAUAAAGUCAUUAAUGAAUUUCGAGACUAUGCUAACUUGGAUUUUAUUCAGUCUUUGCAGUUAUACGAAAAUUCGGCGUCCGUUUUGGUCGGCCAGCCUUAUGACGAUGAGCCUGUUGUAAACAAGGCUUCUGUAGCCCUCUUGAAUAAAGAUGAUAAAACACACUGCUCUACUGAAUGUGAUGGAAAAUGUCAGGUGUUUUCAGAUAGCAAGUCAUCUUCAAUACACGAUAGUGAAAGUAUUUAUGAAAUGAUGUCAUGCCAACACAUAACGUCUCAUCCACUUGAGUCACGUGUUGAUAAUUACUUACCAAUGGAACCUGUGGAUCCUUGGAAAUCUCUAAUUUCAAUUACUUCAAUAUCAAACCUGGACCUUGUUAACGCUGAAAUAAAUCCUUCUGAUACCCCCAGUAAAGCACAGAGCACGCAAGAAAGUUUACCCCUUAGACCUUUUAUGCCCUAUUUUCUACCGAAUAAAGUUCCAGACUUAGAGCAGGAAAAUGUUGAAAAAUCUAAAGAUGGGAGUGAACUUUGUACUCCAGGAAAUCGUCUCAUAAAGAAAAAAGGUUUAAUUCCAGAAGAAGUCUUUUUUCGGGCUAGUCGAUCAAGCUCCUUGGGUAGUUUAAAAAAGAAAGUAUUAAAGAGGGAAAGAUCUAAUUCUAUUGAGAGUCGAGAGAACGCUUCUGAAAGUAGAGAAGGUUCGUCUCGCCAAGUAGAAGUAUCUAAGACUCUCCCAGGAAGAAAAUGUUCGAUCUUGACUAAACUGACGUUAAGAACAAAGGAAAAGUCCUACAGCACUGAUGAAAUUUCUCCUUCAUCUUCAGUUCCUAAUUCUCCUAGUAAGCAUUCUUUUGAAAAUCUUCACAGGCUUUCGCAGUGUAGAUCAGCAGACUGCCUAAAGACGGACGAAGAUUCAAAGUUGUCUGAAGAAGAAGACCUAAGCAAUGAUCCUCUUCCUAAUCAAGUAAAGUGUAUCGACAGUGGUCAAUGCCGACUAAGCAUGAUUAAAAGAUCGUGUAGUGUUCCUUGCAAAUCGGGAAGGAAUGAAGUUGGAACGAAAAUACCAGGGCUUAAUGGAUUUCGGGAAGAAAGAUCACCACCCACUAACAUUACAGCUACCACGUGUAUACAUGGGUCGCUUCCUAGAAAACAAAAUCAAGACAACUGCACAAAGGCUUUUUCCACUCAAAGCAGUGUAGACCAUUCUAGAAAACACGGAAAUUCUGGUUCACAUAAAAUCUCGAAAAGCGGUCGAUGUAGAGACACAAAAGAUUGCAGCAUCUAUAGUCACAUGUUGCCUCCAGACCAACUAGGUGUGCUGGACCUUUCAGCUGCAUCCAGUAGCUCUUCUUCCGACAUGAGUGAUUACAUAGAAACGUUGUCGCUGUGCUCUCGGAGCAGCAGCAGUAGCACUAGCAGCUGUGAAUACCUAAGGGCUGAAGAAGUAUACGCCCUUGCUUAUCGUGCAGCCACGAUGGGAGUGAACAUCCAACAACCUCGUGCUGCCUUAGAACAGAUAGUAAACACCUUCCCAACUCGUAACACCAAAGAAUGUUCUCAGCACCGCCAGAAGCCUCCUUCCCGACAGUUUCAAGUUCCAAAAACAACUACUACUUCUUCACCAGGCUCCCCCUCGUGGUAUUUUGAAGGCUCAUACAGUUCUCCGACAUCCACUCGACACAACUUUCAUUUUGUAUUCCCAAAGGAUGACAAAGAGCUAAAUUAUCUUGAAGUUGAGAUGGGAAACUCUGAGCCGGCAAGCCCGGCUUUAAAGUCGGAAGUUGUACAAUAUGCAGAGAUUGAUCUCUUAGCUACUUCGGCAGCCAAAAAACUCGGUAUAGAGCGCGCUCAAGAACGGAAAAACUCUCUUUCCGGAGGAGAAAACUCACAGUCUUAGUUAUGUCGGCAAAUUUAUUAACAAACCGUAUGUGGUAAAUAUGCUCAAGUGUUCUUGUCAGUUUAACUACCAUAAUUUUCAUCGUCUGUACCACAUUUAAUCGAGAACAAAAACGCCCUUUUUCGACAAAUUAUUAACUACAUGUCUUAUUGUUGUGUUUUCAAAGUGUUUAGAAGUUUAUCUGUUGAAACAAAUAUGUAACAACGUUUAACAUUCUGCAAGGUUAGUAACGUGUAGAAGAAAUCGA